UGUUUAACAUAGGCCAUCCUUUAGUCUGGCAACAGUGGCGGGUCAAGUGUAAACAAGUGUUCUUCAAAUGCUCACCAAACAUUCUGUGAUGUAGAAUUCUGGUGUAGGUCUGAUUAUCAACUUAUAAAUCAGGGCAUUACUGGUGCCCUUCAAAAUCUUCCUUGCAAGUUAUUUUCAGAAAGUGUAGAAAAAUGGCUGGGACGGCCCCACUUUGUAGCAAUAUGGUCUCACAAUCAAUAAACUUCCAUGGUCACCAACUUCUAAAACAACUUACAACUUCCCAUCCCAAAGAUCUGGAGACCUUGAACCUCAAGGACAUUGAUUAUAAUGUUUACAAGGCCCGUGUUCAUGAGGUCUGCAAACAAGGAAACGCUAGCCGUCAGGAGCUACUUCACUUCAUAACCACUAAAUGUCCCAAUUUGUUCCUGCCUCGGGAAGUAAAUCCUUGGGCAGAAGUAAGUGAAGAUGACUUCGGCAUGGAAGACAGACGAAAUCAACUUCCACCUCUUGAAUACUUCAUGAAAGUGGAAAGCCAUAUCAGAGAGGAUAUGUUCUUUAAGACAGUGAAACGUGGAGAUAUUCUGUUCGCAAAAGUUUCGAAUUACCUCCAUGAAUUACUUCAGUGUGUGAAGAUUCAUUCAACAAUGGGAGAUGUGGUUCGAGACCUCAUCGAUACUGAUAUUAAGGCUCAUCUACGUGUUGAAGAUUCUAAUCCAGAUCCACCAGAUCAAGAUCCAUUAGGGCGAUGGAUGCUACGGACACGGUUGUGUGUUGAAGUGUUGGAGGUAGAUGCUAGUGAUCACUACUUACUUGUGGGCACAAAUGGAGUCACUAUCCAACCACAUCUUAAAGAUAAAAUUAAAUUAGGCAAGAUUACUGUGAAUGAUCAGCCACCUAUAAUCAGCAGUAAAAUGAAGGAGCACAGUAUCAAAUCAUAUAGUCAGGCCUUGGAAAAAUUGUCUAUAUUCAACAAUCCACGCAGCAUAAGGCAUCUUGCUGGCAAGUUUGGCCUUGAUAUAUUUGCACAUUCAUCAUUAAUGGACACCCUUAAAUACAAAUUUGCUGACCGGGAAAUGUACAAAAGCCUGCGAAAGGCCCAGAUGUCGCGAUGGGCCCAUAAGUCUGUGGCCGACGGAGUAGUUUUCUUCAAACGAGGACAGCAUGAGGAGGCGUUCCAGUGUUUAAACAAAGCCUUGCAGAUUGAUAAUGAGAAUGUUGAAGCCUUCGUUGCAAAGGGCGCUCUGUUGGCUAACUUAGGGAGGUUUGAGAAAGCUGUUGAAGACUUUGAACAGGCCCUGGAGCACAAUCCAACACACAGCAAUGCUCGCAAGUAUAUUUGCGAGACACUUGUUGAGCUUGGCAGACAACUGGAAGAAGAUGAAAAAAUGGAGGAAGCAGAAAAGAAGUAUAAAAAAUGCUUGGAAAUUAAUCCCGAACAUCCAGCAGGUCUAGAAGCCAUGAACUCACUUAACAGAAAGCUUGGCCGUGUGAACGAUCAGUAUCCGGGAGAAACAGAUUAUGUUCAGAGAGUUCUUCGGGAUCUCAUAGAAAUGGAAGAAGAGUUUAAAAGAAAGAGUCAGCCAACUACUUCUGAUUCAAAAAGUAGUCCAAAUUCUAAGUUGGAAGAACGGUCUUCAAGAUCUCGAUCAAGAGGUCGGACAAAAAGCAGCAGCCAUACUCAGUCUCGGUCACGAAGUAGAUCCAUGUCUCCAUUGGCGAAGAAGAUGUCUUUACAGGAAGGAAGAUGGCACCCACCUUCCAAUAUUGAUACCACUUCAUCCUAUAUGGAGAGUGUUGUGCCUCAUCCCAACAUGGGUGUUGCCCCUGUAGUACCAGGUUAUGGUUACCCUGUGCCUGGAUGGCCUCCUAGUACAGUGGCUCACAUGGUUCCUAAUGCUCAACUUCUGCCUCCAGCUUUGUACUCACACCCUCCACCAGGGUACUCAGCAAUUCCUGCCCCAGGUAUGGUGUCGAGCUCAAAUUAUGCAAGUCACGAGGAUGAGGAGUAUAAGGCUCGUGUUGAUAAGUUCUUGAAGCAGCUAGAAGGAUCCAGGCCCAGUGACAAGAAGGACCGUGGUAAAAAAUGUAGUACCAGGGAGAGAGAGUCCAGAAGACGGAGGAAGCGCAGCAGAGAUUCCCGCAAGAGAAGAAGCAGAAGUAACAAAUCCAGAAGUAGGAGCAUCAGCUACAGCAGUACAAGCAGAAGUACCAGUAGUAGUAGUAGUAAUAGUAGUAGUAGUAGUAGUGACAGCUCAGAUGACAGCAACAGGAAAAAGUAUAAAAAGAGAAAAAAAAACAAGAAAAAUGACAAGAAGGACAAAAAAGUUGGUAAAAUGGACAAAGUGCACAAGGAUCAACAUGAAGAACAGCCAUGUUACCCACCAAGCCUCUCCAAAGUGGAAGAGGACCCUAUCCCAGAACUGGAAAGCUUGAAUAAAAAAUUAUCCGCAUAUUACAAGAAAGUAGAAGCUAGUCAAAGAGAAGCACCCUCACAAGACAAGAACACCAAAGCAAAGGACACACCUAAGAAAGAAGGAGACAAGAAUACCAAAGCAAAGGACACACCUAAUAAAGAAGGAGGGUCAGAUAAGCCUGAUAGUAUUGCUCUGAUGAUGAAUGUGAUGAAGAGCUAUGAACAAGGCUUUCGUUUGUCAAAGACUAAAUUAGGUGCUAAUUCUGCUCCUACUGUUAAAGCAAUUCAUCCUGCAUUUAGAGAAAGUGACGAGGAUGACAUUCUUGAUCAGCCAGCCUCAAGUUGUAUUAAUCAAGAAAAAUCUCCUGUGAGUACAAACAAAGCUUUUAUUGAAAAUUCCAUUAUCAAACCCAAAUCCCACUCUAAGGUUCUGUCAAGAUCCCAUUCUAGGAGUCCCUCACGGUCACACCCUAGGUCUCAAUACAGACGAGAUUCUUGCGAACGGUCUCGCUCUAAAGGACGCAGCAUUCGAGAUUCUCGUGAACGGUCUCGCUCUAAAGGACGCAGCAUUCGAGAUUCUCGUGAACGGUCACGCUCUAAAGGACGCAACAUUCGAGAUUCUCGUGAACGGUCACGCUCUAAAGGACGCAACAUUCGAGAUUCUCGUGAACGAUCUAUGUCUAGGACCCUCUCCCACACAAGACCAAGAAGUUGGGAACAUGAAUUUCCCCAUAGUAGUGGCCGUAGCUUGCAUAAGUCUUUUACUACUGCUGCACAUUAUCCCCGUCACUUUCAAGGACAGGGCCAGCAUAGUUGGGAAAGAGGGGCUCAUUUUAAGCAAGACCUACAUGAGCGUGAAAUGAUGAUUGAAGCAGCAAGACAAAAAAUUGAAAACCAAAUUAAGUAUGGAGAUGAUGAUUCUGAUGUUUUUGAAAGGAAACGUCAUUCUAAAACUCCUAGUCAUAGGGAAUCUACAAGAUAUGGAUCACCUGGCAGAAGGAAAUCAUCUCGUCCGAAAACCCCAAGUAGGUGGGAUUCAUCUCGUCCCAAAACGCCAAGUAGGUGGGAUUCAUCUCGUCCCAAAACUCCAAGUAGGUGGGAAUCAUCUCGUCCCAAAACUCCAAGUAGGUGGGAAUCAUCUCGUCCCAAAACCCCAAGUAGGUGGGAAUCAUCUCGUCCCAAAACCCCAAGUAGGUGGGAAUCAUCUCGUCCCAAAACUCCAAGCAGGUGGGAUUCAUCUCGUCCCAAAACCCCAAGCAGGUGGGAUUCGUCUCGUCCCAAAACCCCUAGCAGGUGGGAUUCGUCUCGUCCCAAAACCCCAAGUAGGUGGGAUUCGUCUCGUCCCAAAACCCCAAGUAGGUGGGAGUCGUCGCGUCCCAAAACCCCAAGUAGGUGGGAUUCAUCUCGUCCCAAAACCCCAAGUAGGUGGGAUUCGUCUCGUCCCGUUGCUAGCAAUAAUGAUGAUGACAGAUCUUCUGCAGGUAAAGUCUCUCCAAACAGGUCUGAUAGAUUUGGGAAGUGGGACAAAGAAGAAAAUAACAAGCAAGGAGAACCAAAAAUAGGAAACUCUCUCACAGAAAUGGAAACUUUUGUUGAAGCUGCAAAACAAAAACAAUUGGAGCUGAUGAAAGAAAGAAAUAAAGAAUUCCUCAAACCUCCGGUUGACUAAGAACAGUUUACUUCCAACAUAAAAGUCGUCACUUCCUAAUUCAUUUUGGUUUUAAAUACUCUGUACAUUAAUUUUUUAAUCCUUGUAUAAGUUGAAUGGAACCUUAUUGUUUAUAGUAUCUUAUUGAAUGUUAUUUGCUCCUGUAAAUGUAAUUUGCUACAAAAAUUUGAUGGAUUAAAUCAGAUGUUACUUUAUGCAAUGUUUUCUAUGAAGGUUUCUAAUUUUGUAUGUAAACUAGAAUUUAAGGAUCUAAUUCUGUUUUGAAUCUUAUUAAAGCAAGUUGAAUGUUUUUUUGAGUUUGGCUAUUUAUAUGUUUUCAGAGUUGAGAACUAUUGCACUUGAUCUCUCUCUUCCUUAUUAUUUGAGAAAUGGAAGAGUAAGUUUACAAAAGAUGUAUUUAACCACACUGUUUGUUGUAAAUAUUGAUACAGUACAGUACUCGACAUUCUCGAAAUAGAAUGAGAACAUAAAAUUUAGUUACUUACCUACUUAAAGUUAGUCCUAAUAUCUAUGGUAUUUGUUCAGCUUGCAAAGCCAUAAUUUUUAAGUAGCUACAUGUGUAUUUCCUGGUUUGGUAGUGAAUAAAGUUUAGAGGUAAAGUCA